AUGUCGCAAUCUCUCACGUCUGGUCCGAUGUUUUGGGCAACCCUAACAACAACUCGCUUCCGCAAUGUCAACUCCGUCAGCUUUAACUCCGCGUCAACAGCUUCUAUCCCGAAUCCUCUCGUCCGAUUCCACUUUGGAUCGACACCAUUUGUGUCCCGCGACAGGCUGACCUUCAGAGGGAUCUCUGGAACAGACCGUUUUAUUUAUGAAGGAGUCAGUUUCAUGGCAGACUUGAUUGCAAGCGACGGCGAUAGCCUUCAAGAACUUCAUCCUAGAGAAACUCAUGCAUUGAUUCGAGCAGUGGAGCGAGUCAAGGAGCUCCAUGCUAACGUCCUCAAGCAUGGCCCUCUGGGGAACCCUGUCAAUGUCGACCCCGACUUCCCUUGGUGGCAAGAUUUUCCUAUGUUGAAUCUGGUCGACUCCUGA